UGUAUGCAUAACAUAGUUAAAGAUAAGACAUGUAAGAAGAUUAAUAUGUGAUUUAUAUAAAAAUAAACAGUAACUCCUUGAUAAAGAGGGGUUUAACCCCUCGAAACGUUGGAGAUAGAAAAGUUUGUGUAGUAGAUAAUUAUAAAUUAACUGUUUCCGGAUUGAAUAUAGGAUAAUUGAUUUAACUCCCAUGUCAGAGUUGGAUGAUUACAUACAGGUACAGAGCGUGCAUGUCGCUAAAAUCACAGAGCUAUGACAAUGUACAGUCAUAACGUUAGAGAGCUGAAUACCCUAAAGAAGGGAGAUCUUGUGGAGUUUGAUAGAGGCUUAUAUUCACACUGGGCUGUUUAUGCAGGUGAUGGGUUAGUUAUUCACAUGACAGGUGAUAGUAAAGAAAGUUUAAAUGCAAGUGUCAGCAACUCUGGAUGUUUUUUUACAAUCUGUGGUCAAACUUUCGCAAAAGCUUAUGUGCAAAUCGAUGACUUUAAGAAAGUAGCGGCUGGCAGUAAAGUCUACAAAAAUAAUAACAAAGACAGAGAACAAUGCCCUGAUGCUGCAGAUGUCAUUAUAAAACGGGCUCUGGCUAAGCUUGGCGAAAUAAAAUACAAUAUCCUGUGGAGUAAUUGUGAACAUUUUGCCACUUAUUGUAGAUAUGGAGUUCCUACAAGUAAACAAGCGAAUUCUGUCAUCGAAAAGGCGAUUAUAGGGACAGGGGUAAUAGCUAUUACAGGUAUAACUUUAGCUCUGCAACGCUUUGUACCAAAAGAGAUACUAGAUGAUGCUGCAACUAUCAUACAAGGCCUUGAUAUCUUUCUGGAAGACAGGACCAGAAAGCGUGAACGUAGAAACGAUAAAUUAUGACGUCACCAUACCUCUUUUAAAAGAUCACCAGUGUUGAAUGUUUCCAUUAUAAACUUAGACAUAUACAAUAAAACAGUUGUUUUUUCAUAAGA